UGUGAAUAAAACCAAAAACAAAUGAAGUGAACAGAUAAGUUUUCAACUUUACAUUUAUGGUUUAGUGGCAGAGUAGUAGGUAAAGGAUUUGGUGCUGAGAAUAAGUACUUACUUAAUUAAGCUAAUUUUAAUUACUAGGUGGGAUCGGUUGCCAUAAUAUUUCUCUACUCUGAUUCUAAAAUCAGCAACCAUCUUCAUGUCAUAAUAUAUCAUACUAUCUCACUUCAAUAAUAGUAGAUGGAAGGAGACACACAAAGUAGUUGUCAUGCUUUCAUGUCCUAACUUAACUAUAUCUAUGUCCUGUUUGAUUUAAGUGUACUACUAGUGUUUUAAGUGUAGUUGACGAGGAGAAUCCACAAUGUCUCUCCGUCAAGGCCUCCACCGUCUUUUACUCGACACAAAUUCACCUUCAAAAACUGCAUCAGGUAACAUGCAUAAGCCAAUGGGAAAUUUCUAUAGUACAGGUGACUUAAAAUUUGACAUACCGAUGAUGUUUAUCUCAUUUGCUUUAGCACUUAUUUUUGUAUUUGUACUCGACUAUAUCAUAAGGUGUGCUCGUAGCCGUAGGUAUGCUUUUGAGACACAAGAUGAAAUAAUAGCUCGUUUAGCAUCAAAGGAUUUAAAAAAUAGUGCAUUGUGUAAGAUCCCUAUAGUUGUUUAUGGUUCAGGUAGUAUUAGUACUAGUUUUGUAGGCACAGAUUGUCCAAUUUGUCUUGGGGAGUUUAUGGAUGGGGAGAAAGUUAGAGUGUUGCCAAAUUGUAACCAUGGAUUUCAUGUAGAGUGUAUAGAUAAAUGGCUGCUUUCACACUCCUCUUGUCCUACUUGUAGACAGUCUUUGCUUGAGUAUCCAACUAGCUCUGAAGCUUCAUCUGUAGCUGUGACUGUUGCUGCAGCUGUAGGGAACACAAAUCAACGGCUUUAAAUCAAUGGUCGUGGUCGCAUUGAGAUAUUGGAUAUUACAGAGAAUCACGGUUAAAUGUAUGCAAAAUAGGCUCAAUUGCGGAUGUGAUAUGGUUGUGGAGACAUAAAAAAAUUAGAUUGUCUUCGCGGACAUUUUUCCGAAACCUUGGUUUGUAGCCUUUGAAUGUUCAAUGUGAAUCUUUUUAUGUUUAUGGUGCACUUGUAUCAUUGUAUGAAGAAGUCAAGAUAUAGAUGUAUAUAUAAGAGUAGAAAAAAUUGUUGAAUGAUGAUGAUUUCUCGAAUUGUGUCUUCUCUUUCCAACUUUUCUUCUCCGUUCCUUUGGACACAUCACUUCUUUCACAACCCAAUACAAAAAAUGGUUUUCUCUAUAAUCGCAGUAAAUUCUACAUUUGCAGCUUCAUAAAGAAUUCAAUUAAUCAAAUUAUCUCGAACAUUAAUGUUAAAUAAAAAACAAUCGGUUAAAAAGACACAUUACCUUUUCUUUAACACCAAAUGAGUGUAGAAAACCUUUAUGAACUAACAAAUAUGGAUUUGAGAUUCAAAAAACGUGAAAAUAUCGUAACUUUAAAGAGAAUGAGUGUUGAAGAACAACCGAUAGUUGUCAUAUAUUUCACAUAGUUAAUAAUCUAUCUUCUAAAACAUAGCGAGCGGAAUAUAUCUUUCAAAGCUAACUUGCAGACUGGAAAGUAAAUUCCGCUCUUUGUUCAAAGGUAAAAUUGGUAAUUUUGGGGGCUAUGGCAAUAUG